AUGGAUGGCCUGAUCUCCAUCCCAGACUGGAUGACCGUCUACUACAGCCUACAGGGCUUCCAGGAUCACGUCUAUCCGCCGCACCUCCUCCAGCAGGCUGCUGCGGACUAUCAGGUCCUCAACGGCCGUGCUAUACUGGCCGUACGGAACGACGCAGUAGCUGUAAUCAACGCCGCAAUGCUUGCUGCCUUCCCUGGUGAGCUAGUAGAGCUGGUUGCAGUGGACUCUGCUGAGGUUGAGGACAAUACAACACAGGAUCUGCCUCCCGUAGAGCUGCUGCAGUCCUUUGAGCCCCCGUCACUGCCCCCGUCACGCCUUCUGCUCAAGGUAGGCGUACCAAUAAUGCUUCUACGGAACCUGUACCUAAGCCAGGGGCUCUGCAACGGUACCCGUUUAGCGGUUACACAGAUAUCCUCCCGCUGUAUCCAGGCCCGCAUCCUAUCUGGCGAGUUUGCAGGCCAGCUCCGCCUGCUGCCACGUAUCAGGCUCACUUCAACCAGUAGAGAGCUCCCGUUUAUCGUCAGCCGGGUCCAGUUUCCAGUUCGCCUCUCCUUUGCAAUCACUGUAAACAAGUCACAGGGCCAGUCACUCUCUGUUGUAGGCGUUGAUCUGCGUCACGCUGUGUUUACACAUGGCCAGCUAUACGUAGCUAUGUCCCGUGUAACUACACUUGCAGGCCUGUCAAUCCUGCUGCCAGCACCUGAUACUAGCGAUGAGCCAUCCCGUACGGUCCCUAAUAUCGUAUACCCAGAGGUGCUCCUGUAG